AUGGCCGCGCAGUGUGCCGCCUCGGCGGUGGUCUCCAGGGUCGCGGCGCCGCGCCCCGCGAAGGCGCUCAAGGCGGCGGGCGCCGCGCCCGUCCGCUCCGCCACCCACCGCGCUCGGCGCGUGGGCGGACGCGGCGUGAUUCGCGCGACCGGCGCGCCGAAGGACGAGGACGUCGUCCGCGCGCCCCGCCCGGAGUACAUUCCCAACAAGAUUGACGACCUGAACUACGUUCGCGUCUUCGACACCACCCUCCGCGACGGCGAGCAGUCUCCCGGCGCCACCCUGACCAGCAAGGAGAAGCUCGACAUCGCCAGGAACCUCGCCAAGCUCGGCGUGGACAUCAUCGAAGCCGGCUUCCCCAUCGCCUCCCCUGACGACCUCGAGGCUGUCCGCAACAUCGCCAAGAACGUCGGUAACGAGGUCUACCCCGAUGGCUACGUCCCCGUCAUCUGCGGCCUCUCCCGCGCCAACAAGAAGGACAUCGACGCCGCGUGGGAGGGCGUCAGGCACGCCAAGCGCCCCCGCAUUCACACCUUCAUCGCGACGUCCAAGAUUCACAUGGAGUCCAAGCUCCGCAAGACCCCCGACGAGGUGGUGCAGAUCGCGGUGGACGGCGUGACCUACGCCAGGUCCCUCGGGUGCGAGGACGUGGAGUUCUCCCCCGAGGACGCGGGCAGGUCCGACCCCGAGUUCCUCUACCGCAUCCUCGCCGCGGUUGUCGAGGCGGGCGCGACGACGCUGAACAUCCCGGACACCGUCGGCAUCUGCCUCCCCGAGGAGUUCGGCGCGCUCAUCGCGGGCAUCAAGGCGAACGUCCCGGGCCAGUACAUCAUCUCCACGCACUGCCAGAACGACCUCGGCUUGUCCACCGCCAACUCCCUCGCGGGCGUCGCCAACGGCGCGAGGCAGGUUGAGUGCACCAUCAACGGCAUCGGCGAGCGCGCGGGCAACGCGAGCCUGGAGGAGGUGGCGAUGUCCAUCUGGAUGCGCGGUCAGGAGAAGAUCUUCGGCGCGCGCACCGGCAUCAACCCGGUGUACAUCUACCCGUGCUCCAAGAUGGUGAGGGAGUACUCCGGCAUGGCUGUUCAGCCGCACAAGGCUAUCGUCGGCGCCAACGCGUUCGCGCACGAAUCCGGCAUUCACCAGGACGGCAUGCUCAAGAACAAGCUGACGUACGAGAUCAUCGCGCCCGAGACUAUCGGAUACUUCCGCGGCGAGGGCGACGUGGGCGUCGUCAUGGGCAAGCACAGCGGUAGGCACGCGCUGAAGUCCAAGCUCAAGCAGCUGGGCUUCCCGCUGGAGGGUGACGAGCUCAACGAGAUGUUUGACCGCUUCAAGCUCGUCGCGGAGCAGAAGACGGGCGGCGUGGGCGACGACGAGAUCAUCGCGCUGGUCACCUCGGGCGCGGGCCAGGGCGACGACACCGCGGUCACGUGGAAGCUCGACGAGGUGCAGGUGGUGUGCGGCACCAUGGGCCUCCCCACCGCCACCGUCAAGAUGACGGGACCCGACGCGGUGACGAGGAUCAACUCCGCCGUCGGCACCGGACCCGUCGACGCCGCGUACAAGGCGAUCGACGGCUUGUGCCGCGUCAAGGUGGACCUGGUCGAGUACACCGUGAACGCGGUCGUCGAGGGGAUCGAGUCCCUGGCGCAGACCCGCGUGAGCAUCCGCGCCAAGAGCGAUCAAACAAUGCCGGGGGCGAUGAUGAAGGCCAACGUGCAGACGGGUAACGUGGAGGCGAGGACGUUUAUGGCGACCGGCGCGGACUCCGACAUCGUGGUGUCCUCCGCCAGGGCCUACGUGGCGGCGCUCAACCGCAUGAUCUCGUUCAUGCGGUCGAACGCGGAGACUGUGGCGGCCGAGGCGGUCAUCGACAUCGUCGCGGAGGAGGAGGAGAAGAAGGCGGCUGCGGCGUAAAUUUUUGUGCAUCUUCCGUCACCACGGAGACGGAGCGGCGCGGCCCCAGCGGCCCUUCGUUUGAUUUAAUACAACACGCAAUUG